AUGUUGAAUUUAUUAUUGUUCCGAGGCCGGCGUCCUGCGACGUUGGUCGGAAUCGCCUUCAUCCUUAGUACUUUCUUGUUGAUAGUGAUAACGCCUCCUGGUUCAGAGACCAUCAAGCAGCCAUGGACAACAAGUCGCAUUCUUCAGUCGCCAUUGAACCAGAACCAGAAUCAGAACGGUACAACGGCGAAUGUCUCUCUUACUGCGGAUAGAAAGAUACAUAUUCUGCUCCCAGCCACAAAGAGCAAUGUCAACUUCUGCAAGACGCUCCUCACCAUGACGAUUCUCGGCUAUCCUAGCCCUACAAUUAUUGCUUGGGAAGACAAGGACAAAGCCAAAGGCCUAUUAGGAGGCGGUUCGCAUUUUGCAAAGAUUACGCGGACGUUGGACUAUAUCAAUGACCCCGUGCGCCGCAGUCAUCCUGGAUUUGAUGAUGAGCUUGUUUUCAUGCUUGACGCCUACGAUAUCUGGUUCCAGCUACCGUUGAAUAUGCUUUUAUCUCGUUACGACGCCAUUAUCGAGGAAGAAAAUGCCCGUGUAGCCCACCGCAUGGGACGGGCCUACAACAACGAAGGCAUCAACUCCAAAAUAGUCUUUGGUGCAGGAAAACGGUGUGCGCCCAACUUGCUCAACUCUGUCUCCUGCUAUCCCGUACCUGAAUCACCGCUCCCGAAUGACAUUUACGGAGGCAACACGGACACCCUCAUCGGAAUCAAUGGAUGGGCCAGUUUCCGCACUCGUUAUCUCAACUCGGGAUACACGAUUGGUCCAGUUGGUGAGAUGCGUCGCGUUCUAGAGCGAGCGCUGGAGAAGUUGAAGGAGUGCCAGAACCGAAAAGAUGCGUCGUUUGAUGACGAGUCAGGAGCUUCCGAUUUCUGCUAUCAUGGUAGCGAUCAGAGCAUCUUUGUUGAGAUGUUUGGCGAGCAGGAGUAUUACAGAGAGGUUAUGCGACGACAUCACCGAACCGGAAUGGACGACAUGCUCGACAAAGUCGUUCCAGGACGAGCUGGAUCGAAGCCUCCUCCAACUGACGUUCAACAAGCCCCUAUUAUUGACCGUCUGGAGCCAGGGUUUACUCACCAAAAGUACAACAAGACGCAUCUCCCUGACAAGCCUUUCGAAUUCGGCAUCGCCCUAGACUAUUGGUCUCUGCUCGGCCACCAGACUUCGAAUGCUCUCACUGACGCAAGAUACAUUCGUCACAGCCGCCUUUUGAAGCCGCAGAUUGGCAAACAGGGCAAUUUUGAAUGCGUGCCCAAAACCGACAGGCUGCCUCUCCCACUGGAUUUGCCUGGAAGUCAGCAACUGCCAUGGCUCGCGGGGUCUUAUCCCAAUGAAUGGGAGACCAUGCCACUCUACACAGAAAUUUGCAUCGGCACCGUUCCUGUGAUGAUACACCACAACUCUGUGGAAAAGUAUCACCGAGAGGAGCAGUGGAACCAGACCUGGUGGCAUGGCAGAUCGAGGAUGCUGCUGGAGGAAAGACGCAAAGAGGGCGCGCCUCAGCUCCAUGAGGGUAUUCCUACCGAUAAAGGGAGCGUUGUCUUAUGGGAAGACCUGUGCCCCAAGAAGAUGGAGAAGGAGUUGUUUAGAGAGCCCGAGCCUAAGAAAGUUGAGGCUUUACAAACCGAGUCGAAGAUAACUGAUGCUACAAAACCUGGAGCUGUACAGCCCGAGAUUAAGGUACCCGAGCCUAUAAAACCCGAGCCUAUCAUAUCUGAGGUUGUACAGCCAGAGGCCAUCAAACAUGAGGGUAUAAAGCCUGAGGAUACGGCACCCGAGGCCAAAGCCCUCGAGGUCAAGUAA